AUGAACGGCGAACACGGAUUGAUCAGCGCAGAGGCGCAGCGCAAGAGCCCGCCAGCACCGGAACCCAUUCCUCCCACCAAAAUCCACCCUCUCCACUUCGUUAAGCUGAUGAAGGACGGCGCGGACGGCUUGGCGGCACCCGUGAAACGCGCGAGCGCAAGUGAUGCUGUACGCUCGACAGGCGUGUGUCGCUGCUUGAUGACGCGUGCGAUGGGCGUCUUGCAGCCCUACGCGGCGGAGCACGAACGCUUCGUGGAGUACCAGCGCACCCUGCCGGUGCGCACCGUCGUGCCGGAGCCGCCGAACACGCUGCGCGACUACGUCCGUCAUCAGCUCUGGCGUGUUGGGCGGCUGUGCUGCCUCGUUCUUUUCUUCGCCCUCACGUGGGUCUUCUGGGUGGCCGUUCAUUUUGUUUUAAAGGUGCUGGACAUGCAUCAGCGCCGCGUGUGGCUGAAGCAUCAGCGCGCGUGGCCCUUCAAGAGUGUGCCGCACGUCCGCGAGAGCGUGCACAAGCCGUCGCGGAGCUUCCCGCUGGAAGGCUGGCACCUGCGCUGCGAGGACGGGCGUCAGCGUUGGUACUAUGGAGCUCCUAUGCGGGACGGAGAGUCAAACAACGAACUCGGCCUGGCGCAGCUGUGCGGGUUGCAAACUGUGGCCGACUACCACGACCUGCUGCGACGUCGAGCUGCAGCAGAGGGCUGCGAAGGUUCAAGGAAUUCAACCGGCGAGGACGGGGAUGCGGUCUUCGGCGAGCGCGUCCCGUGGCUGCCGGAUCUAUUGGAGGAGAAGUGCGCCAAGCGUGCUUUUCUGGAGCGGUAUCAACUCGACCUUACACCGCCGUCGGCGCCGCAGCUGCGCUCAUCGGCCGAGACCGCCAUGGACGACGGCAUCCGCUUCUUGUUGAAGCUGCAGGAUCCCUUCUCGGGGCACUGGCCAAACGACUACAGCGGCUGCAUGUUCCUCGUCGCGGGCCUCAUCUACACCAAGUACAUCAUCGCAGACGGCGAGGCGCACCGCAUGUUCCCCCCCUGCCCGGAGCACCACCACGUGAAGCUGUCAGGCAAGCGAAGGAAGGCCCAGAACGGCAAUGCGAGCAUGGGCGACUACGCGGAGCGGGUGCUGGGCGUGCCGGCAGCAGAGAACGGCGGCGAGGAGCCGUGCCGGUGCGGCGAGGCGACCCGACAGGAGCUGAUCCGCUACCUGCGCAACUACCAGAACCAGGACGGUGGUUGGGGCCAGCACACGGAGGGCCACAGCACGAUGCUAGGGACGGUGCUGAACUACGUGUCGAUGCGCCUGCUCGGGGUGCCCGCGAAGGACCCCCAGGCGGCGAGUGCGAGGGACUGGAUCCACGCCCACGGCGGUGCCACGACGACGCCGAUGUGGGGCCGUGUCUGGCUGAGCAUCCUGGGCGUCUACAGCUGGGAGGGCGUGAACCCGAUCCCCCCGGAGAUGAUCCUGCUGCCGGACUGGGUGCCCUUCUCCCUCGGAAAGGCGUGGUGCCACAGCCGCGUCAUUGCGAUCCCAUUUUCGUACCUGUACGGUCUUCGCUGGUCCGCGCCCGCCUUCCCGACGACGCUGGCCCUGCGCGAGGAGCUGUACACACAGCAGUACAGUGCGAUCCCCUGGCGUAGCUUCCGCGGUGCCGUCUGCGCGAGCGACCUCUACACCCCGACCUCCUCGUUGUUCCGCAUGGCGAUGAGCUUGCUGGACCUCUACGAGCGCCACCCGCUGCCGUUUCUGCGCCGCUACGCGCUGGAGGUGAACUGGCGCCACAUGGCCUACGAUGACGAGAACACGCACUUUAUCUGCCUCGGCCCGGUGAACAAGUCGCUGAACAUGCUCGUCACGUGGAUCCGCGAGGGUGAGCACAGCGCGCGCUUUCAGGAGCACUGCGAUCGCGUGGCGGACUACCUCUACAUGGGCCCGACGGGGAUGCGAAUGAGCGGGUACAACGGCUCGCAGCUGUGGGACACGAGCUUCGCCGUGCAGGCUAUCUGCGCGUGCGGGCGAGAGAUGAUGUACCCGAUGGAGAUGGCGCUGGCGCAUCAUUAUGUGGACGUCGCCCAGGUGCAGGAGGACCCGAUGGCCGCGGCGGCCUUCUACCGCCACCGUACAAAGGGCGCGUGGAACUUCUCGACGAGUGCGCAGGGCUGGCAGGUGUCGGACUGCACCGCGGAGGGCCUGCGCGUGAUGCUCCUGCUGCCACAGUACGACUUCCCGGUCCGCCGUAUCUGCGACGGCGUCGAUGAGAUACUCUCCCUGCGCAACAGCGGCUGCGGCGGGGAUGGAGGCUGGGCGACUUACGAGCCCACUCGCGGCCCGUCCUACUGCGAGCUGCUCGACUGCGCCGAGCUGUUCAAGGAUGUCAUGAUCGAUUACUCGUACGCGGAGUGCAGCAGCAGCUGCAUCCACACCUUGUCGCUGUUUCGCGAGCAGUACCCGCACUACCGCCGCAGCGAGGUGGACCGCGCCAUCAGCGAGGGCAUCGCCUGUGUGCUGGGCAAGCAGCAGCCCGAUGGCGGCUUUUACGGCAGCUGGGCGGUGUGCUUCACGUACGGUGCGUUGGAUCGUCGCGGAUGCGCUGCAUGUGUCGAAGGAGCUGCCGGACAUGGCCACGCACCCCCACUGCGUGAAGCUCAUCGACUUCUUGAUGGGUCACCAGAACGAAGAUGGCGGCUGGGGCGAGGACAUCAACGCCUGCGUCCAGCAGAUGUGGGUGGACAACCCAGACGGCAGCCAAGUCGUGAACACGGCGUGGGCGGUGAUGGCGAUCAUCUCUGCCUCCGGUGCGGCCUCGUCCACAGAGCCGGAGCGGCAGCGGGCGAUUCGCCGAGCUGUGGAUCGCGGCAUCCAGCUCAUCAUGUCGCGUCAGCUGGGGAGCGGCGAUUGGGCGCAGGAGCGCAUCAGCGGCGUCUUUAA